AUGAAGAACAAAGUCAGCAGCACUCAAGGUAGCUUUCACACACACACACACACACACACAUCACUCUUGUUAUUAUAGUUGUGUACAUUAAAUCAUUCAUGAGGACUAAGAGAGAAAACAUUUUUAAAAACUGAAUAUUUAAAUAUUUUUCAAUAAAUUCAUAAAACACUUAACUUUACAAACUCUGGCAUCAAAGUUUUUAAACAUUGACAUUAAACUUUACAAACUCAUAUUAAAAUACACAAACACUGACACUGAAGUGUACAAAAACUUGUGUGUGUGUGUGUUUUUGUGUGGUGUUGUUUGUGUUUGUGUGCAGUAAGCGUCAAGAGGCGGUCCUGGUCCUGGCAGCAGUACCUGAACGAACAGAAAGCUGAAGCUGCUCCUCUCUCACUGUUUACACCGGUAACACACUCACACACACAAACAAACACACACACACACACACACACACACACACACACACACACACACACACACACACACUCAGACACACACUCACACACUCACACACACACACACUCCUUGUGAUUUGCUGAGCAGAGUUUGUGUCGAUGAUUGAAGUUUUUGUGGUGAUUGUCGGCUGAGAUGUCAGGUGUGAUCAAAUAUAACAGAAUUAAUUUCAGUGAUCCCUGAUUUUAAAAACAAAACUUUGACAUUAGUAAUAAAUAUCUCUUAUAUAAACUGCAGUUAGAUUGUACUUUUUUGUUGUUACUUAGAUUAAACUCAGCGUAUAUUAUACAAAGGUACCUGACGAUUCCAGGCUUCAACACUUCGAUGAAAAUAAUAAAAAACUUUUUUGAAUAAAGUGAUGAAAUCAUGAUUUAGUUUAUUUUUGUUAUGCAGACCUGUUUAAAGUCUCUCUCUCUCUCUCUCUCUCCCUCUCUCUCUCUCCCUCUCUCUCUCUCUCUCUCUCUCUCUCUCUCUCCUCUCUCUCUCUCUCUCUCUCUCUCUCUCUCUCUCUCUCUCUCUCUCUCUCUCUCUCUCUCUCUCUCCCUCUCUCUCUCUCUCUCUCAGUCCCAGUCCUUUCCUGGUAAGCGGUCUGGUUUUAAAGUGGGGAUGAAGUUGGAGGGUGUCGAUCCGCUGCACCCCUCCAUGUUCUGUGUGCUGACAGUGGCUGAGGUAACACACACGCACACACACACACACACACACACACACACACUCACACACACACACACACACACACACACACACUCUCUCACACUCACAUGGUCCCUCUCGUCUCUCUAUCAGGUGAUUGGCUUUCGUUUGCGGCUCCACAUUGAUGGGUACUCGGAGUGCUAUGACUUCUGGGUAAAUGCUGACUCCGCCCACAUCAGACCCGCAGGCUGGUGUAAAGACAAAAACCACAAGCUCGCCCCCCCCAAAGGUAAGAGCAGGUCGACCUGUCCCCCUCUGAAACCUCCUGACAGAGACGAUGACCAAUCACCUGUCUCUCUCUUUUUCUCCAGGUCAGAGUGAGAAGGACUUUGAUUGGCCGACUUAUCUUCAGUCCACGAGCUCUCAGGCUGCCCCGCCCACUCUGUUCACCUGUCACACUGCAGUCAGUAUAAAUCUGUCUCUCUACCUGUCUGUCUCUCAGAGCCGCAGGUUCAGUCUCACCUGUCUGUCUCUCCACCUGUCUGUCCCUCAGAGCUGCGGGUUCAGGGUGGGGAUGAAGCUGGAGGCCGUCGACAAGAAGAACCCCGGGCUUGUUUGCGUGGCCUCUGUCGCCGAUGUCAUGGACGACCACUUCCUGGUUCACUUUGACAACUGGGACGACACGUACGACUACUGGUGAGACAGACAGGUGAUAGAAAGACAGACAGGUGGACAGGUAACUGUGUUAUCUUAGAGGAAGUGUGAUUAUCAAACACAUGAUGUCUGUAUUUAGGUACAGACUUGACUUUCAUGGCGGCAUCUUUUCUGACGUGAUGGAGUUCGAUACAGGAAAUAGUUUAUUGUUGUUGUUCAGUGCGAGCCACCACAUUAAAAGCUUUUCUGUAUGAGUCCUUUCAAAGUAAAAGCCAUGUAACACUUCAUACAUUGAUUGGCACCAGUUAGUUUAGUCUUGUUUUGGAAAAUGACCGAGUUUCAGACUUAUAGAUACACAGAGUAUUAAUAUUAGUCACUCUGCUGCUGCAGUAUAAGGUGUAGUUAUGAGAGUAAGCAGCAGGGGGAGCUAGAGGAGUUCACACUGUGUUUGUAUGAGACAGGACCCGCACUGAUCAGGUGUGAUUGUGUUCGCCAGGUGUGACAGCAGCAGUCCAUACAUCCAUCCUGUGGGCUGGUGUGAGGAACAGGGGCGCCCCCUGACUGCACCUCAGGGUACUACACACAGUCCACACAGUAUUAAAGGGAUAUUUGUGUUUGUGUUUGACCCUAAACUAAUUCUAUGUCGGAAUAUCCCUUUAAGGAUUCACCAACCCUGUAGAAUAAACAACCAUAAUGACUUCAGGUUCUGUUGUUGUUUAGGACAUCCUCACCCAGAGAGCUUCGUGUGGGAGGAGUAUUUACAGGAAACUGGUUCCAUGGCUGCUCCCAGUUCAGCUUUCACACAGGUAAGGAAAUAAGGAGACACGGGAGGAGAUGAGGAGGAAUCGGAAGGUAAAUAAGGCAACAAGGAGAAAGACAAGGACGGAAGGAAACUGAAGAAAAGUAACAGCAAAAAACAAGUAGAUAGUGGAGAAAACAAGGAAACAGGGAAGGACUAAGGGAGCAGGAUAAGUAAACGGGGAUGAGAGAAGGAAACAAGGAGGUGAAGAAGAAGAAAAUAGUGAGUAAAAUGAUAGACAAGGACAAAGGGAAGGAAAUAGUAAGACUAUUGAAAACAUAAGGAAGGAAACAGGGAGAAGGAGAAGAAAACAAUGAGGUAGGGAUGGAAACUGUUGAAGGGAGAAUGAAAUGCAGAGGUAGGAAAGAAAACAGGACGGAAGAGAGAAAGACAAGGAGAUAAAGAAAGAAACAAAGAGGAAGAGAAGGAAAAAAAAGGUAUAGAAGGAAUCAAGGAGGUAGAGAAGGAUACAUGAAUAUAGAAAAGGAAACGUGUGAGACAUACAGAAGAAAAACAAGCCUAUAGAGAAUCAGGGUGAAGACCGGCCCUUCAGCUUUAAAAUGAUUGACAGCUUUGUGGUCCAAUCAGAGAGCUGAAUUUAAACAUUGACGGCUGCGUUUCUGCUCCUGUCCAAUCAGAGAGCCCCUCAUGGUUUCCAGGUGAACCACAGGCUGGAGGCGGUCGACAGGCGGAACCCCAUGCUGGUCCGAGUUGCCACGGUAACAGAUACAGAAGACUACAGAGUGAAGGUACUGUGAGGCUGUCCGUCUGUCCACUGUGAUGUCACGACGUCUGUGAUGAUGUAACCAGGUGUGUUUUCCCGCAGGUGCACUAUGACAGCUGGUCGCAGCAGUUUGACGUGUGGUUUGACAGCGACCACAGCGACCUCCAUCCUGUCGGCUGGUGUCAACGCACUGGACACCCCCUGGAACCACCCCCAGGUCAGAGAGACGGGUCAGACAGACAGACAGACAGACAGACAGGAUAGACGAUGACUCUAACACUGUGUCUGUCUCCCCUCUGUGUGUGGGACAGGUUCCUCCCCCCUCUCCUCCCCCUCUCAGGUUGUGUGUCCCACCUUCGGGUGCAGAGGUGUCGGACACAUUAAAGGAGCCAAAUACACGGGACACCAUAGGUAAGGAAACAUCUGCUGAGUCAGGAGGCUGUCUGCAGUCAGAGCUCUCUUUGCUGUGUCAUCUGUAUUUUCGCUGAGUCGUGUUUUUCUUCUGGGGAAUGUUUCUGCCAGGUCAUGUUUAUAUUUGCUCAGUCUUAUUUUUGGCCUCUUUUCUUCCUGCAGAGUCAUGUGUAUGUCUGAUACACUAAAUAUUUCUGUCGAGUCAUUGAUCUGCCAAACUAUAAUUUUGUUUCCCGUGUCAUAUCAUCUUUCAUUUUGCUGAGUCAUGUUCCGAUCUUUAUGUCUGCUUAAUCAUGUUUCUUAUGCUGCAUUUGAGUUACCUUGGAAGUCAGAUGUCGGAGCUGAAAAUGACGUCACACCCGAGUUCCCAGCAUUUCAGUUACCAAGUCGAAAGUUAUUUUAGCAAUUGCCUUAUAUUCCGACAAGGCAAGUGCUAAAAUAACUUUCGUAGAUUUAGCCAUCUUGUUUCCCCCUCCGAUUUUGCUUUUUUCCGACUUCGUAACUGAAAUGCUGGGAACUCAGGUAUGACAUCAUUUUUAGCUCCGCCUUCUUAGUUCUGAGGUAACUAGAAUGUAGCAUUAAAGCUGGAAGAUGUUUCAGUUUUUUUGCUGAGUCAUGUUUUUUUUCCUGCUGAGUCAUGUUUCUGUCCCUCACAGUGCCUUCGGCUGUCCGUACUCAGACAUCAACAUGCGUAAGGAGGUGGUGCUGCCCGAUAGGCUGGGAGGAGAGAGGGCCGUCACCCUUGUACCUGUCGCAGUGUAUCACCAUGGCAACCAGUCAGACAGGUAACUCAAUCACCUGAAAAAAAAAAUAUGAUUAAAUUUUCAAUCCUUUCCUCAACUAAAGUUAAGACCAAAAAGUAAUGAACGAACUUUGUAACUUGACCUUCCACUCUCUCUGUCUGUCCAUGUCUCUCCCUACCUGUCUGUGUCUGUCUAACUGUCUGUAUCUUACCUGUCUGUGUCUCUCCACCCCCUGUCUGUGUCCGUCUACCUGUCUGUAUCUGUCUCACUGUCUGUGUGUCUUUCUUAACCUGUCCAAAAGUAAAAAUGUUAAGGUGAAAAUGGAAACCAAGGACCCAUCACUGCUGCCCCUCGGGAAAAAAAGAAGACUGACAGACAGGUGAGACAGACAGACUGACAGACAGGUGAGACAGACAGGUGUAGCUGAAGGGCGUCUCUGAUUGGCUGACCUGUCUCUCUCUCUCUCUCUGCUCAGAAUAGUCGACAGGAUCAUGUGAAGUGUGUGUGGGUGUUAAAGAGGAGAUAAUCUGUGGAGGUUAUAUAAACCUGAAUUAUAUAAGACACACAAACGCACACACAUGAAAACACACAUUCCUCAGUAAAGGUGUGAAUCCGCAGGUGCUCUUUGCUUGUUUUCUAUUGGAGGAUGUAGAAGGGGUCAAAGUUCAAAGAGAAAUGAUCAAUCUCGUUUCAUUUUCUGUGUUUUGAUGAUGACAUCACUUCCUCUCUCUCCUGGCCCCGCCCACAGACUUUCCCAGCCUACUAAACUACUCCGUGUGAAACAGGAAGAGGAGGAGCUUCAUCUUGGUCCAGGUACCCGAGACCACACCUUUAUUUCUUUUCAUGGCCAGCAGGGGGAGACGGCAGGAUGUUCUUCUUCUUCUUUGGUGUCACUGCUGAAGAGAAGGAAGAACGACCUCCAUUAGACCCCAGACAGACAGACAGACAGACAGACACCUGGACCAGCACACCUGAGUCCAACUGACACCAUGUGACCAUCCAUGAUGACAUCAGAGAGGGUCACUUCUUCAAACUUACACUCCUCUACUUUACCUCAGUGUGUUUCCAUGGAGACAGUCUGCAGAUGAAGUGGCUGUUUCCAUGGAAACAGCUCACCAUAGUUACCGCAGUGUCUGUUGUGAUCUGUGCAGAGGACCGCAGCUCCUCCUGAUCACACAGACCUGUCUCACCGCCGAGGGGAGUGAGACAGGGGUCUCUAAAGGUCUCCUGCCGAGUCAGCACUGAGGAAGAGCUGACUCGGCAGUCUAUGACCCGUCUGUCUGUCUUAUACUGACCUGUCUUUUGUCUUAGACCUGUCUGUCUCUCUCUGACCUGUCUGUCUGUCCUUUAACCCCAGAACAAUAUCUCUUAAGUUAGUAACACCAGGACAAAACAUGACAAAUUAAAGUAGUUUUCUUUUAUUUUUAACUGUAAUGUCCAAAGGGAGGGAAAAAAGUGCCAUGAGGCGACCAUGUAAUAAUGUGACAAAAUAACUGAAAUUAGGCUUUCAUCAACAAAAAAAUCCUAAAUAUAUACAUAUAUACAUAUUAAAACCUUGGCACAGUAACAGCUGCGGGAGAGAGAACUUGUGUUGUGUCAUUCGCAAACAAUUCAUUCCAAAUAAGUAAACGUACUGAACGGAAUCACUUCCUCGAGUGAUUCGCUCGUUUCUCACUUAAGUUGAGCUGUAAGCAACGAAGCAUUGCAGGGGGAACGAGGGACCGCAUGCACUCUCUGGAAUCAUUUUUGUCAGACAAAACAAACUUUUUUAUUUAAUUGCUUAAUUGUCACCACAAAAACUUUCAUACAAUGGGACACAGCAUGUAACAUGUCAUGCAUUAAACCUGCAGCAUCCUAUCAGUGCAGCGGUUUGCGAGGGAACGGUUCAUGUUCAGUGUUCAUGUUCAGUUUGAAUUCUUCUAAAUGUUCAGUGAACGAAUCACUGAGCCCAAUUUACUGAGCAGACCUGAUAAAUAUCAUACCAUAGGACAGUACACUAAAAACAUCAUGAGUUAUAAACAAGUUCAUUUUUACAAACCUGUUUGUCAAAGAAACACAGACAAACACUCUCGUCUCUCGGUCCCAGAAGCUCUGAUCUGAACCGAAUCCUGAACCGUUCAGCUGUGAAUCAGUUCAGGAGGUCAGAGUCUCAGGUUCCUCCCGCCAAGCGCUGAAUGAUUUGUUGAUUCAGUGAACGAAUCUUUUGAGUGAACUGAUUCUAGUGAUUCAGUUCAUCUGUGCCCAUCACUGGAGAGAACCAAAACAUUGCAGAUUUGGAGUGAGUAAAAAUGACCGGCUGACUCAAAUAUUCCAUCUGAAUUCCUUUGAAAAUCACGACUUUGUGAUAGUUAUUCAUAACCACUGAGCUAAAUAAAGAUAGCAUGUAAACUCCAGGACCGCUCUGACUGACCUUAUUCUCUACAUGCAGCUGUCAAACCCACCCAAACCUUCUUUACCCUCCAUCACUGAAAUCACCCUGUGAACACGUGUCUGUAGGAAAAAGCAGGUUUUGGAAAAUCAGGGAAACAAAUCUGUCUUCAAAGAUGUCGAAGGAAAUGCUGAAGAAACCCAGAGACCCGUGAUACUCAGACAAACACAACAGAAUGAAAAUCACGUAAACAUGUUUGGUUGGGGGUAAAUCUCCCAGCGAUAGUCUUCUGGGGUUAACUGUGUUUCUGACCCGUCUGUCCCUUUUUGACCCGUCAGAGUCCAGUCUACAGGCCGCCCUUCAUCAGUCGGUCUUUCUGUCGGCGAUGUCAGCUCAGCCGGGUCGUGACCUGUCCCUCUGUUGGGAACAACACCGUAAACUGCUGCCCGGCGUCCUCGGAGUCCAGGCCGAGUCUGUCAAACAGUGGAGCGUCCAACAGGUGGGUACAGGUGGUCCGUUUUUAGGAAGGUGGCGUUUUCCCGCUGACCCACCCCACCAUGUGACACCUGUCCAUCUCCUACUCCUCCUAGGUGUCAGACUUCAUCGAGUCUCUUCCUGGAUGUGAGGAUCAGGCCAAACAGUUCAGAGAAGAGGUGAGCCAAUCAACCAGCUGCUCUGACAUGUGUGACAUUACUUUCAGCAGUCUGUGAUCUGAUUGGUUCCUGCCUCUGUCUGUACAGCAAAUCGAUGGGCGGGCCUUCCUUCUACUCACCCAAAGGGACAUCGUCAGGAUCAUGUCGAUCAAACUCGGUCCCGCCCUCAAAAUCUACAACUCUAUCCUGAUGUUCAAACACGCUGAGUGCAGGAACCAAUCAAACGCUGAGGAGGGGAACCAAACACACACUGGAGACAGGAACCAAUCACAUGCUGAGGACAGGACUCAAUUAAACACUGAGGACAAUAACCAAUCACAUACUGAGGAAGGAGAUCAAUCACACACUGAGGACAAGAACCAAUCACAAACUAAGAAUGGGAACCAAUUACAAACACAGGCUGUAACACCUGAGAACUGUCAAUAA